CUUCCACUUCCACCAGGAGCUGGUUUGUUUGUGCAGGUCUGAGUUCUUGUUGUGUUGAUGUUUUGAUUCAGCCAAAGCCCAAAGAAAGCUGAUGAUGGCAGAGCACGGGAGCACGUGCAGUGGGCAGGAGGCAACUUUCUGCAUGAACGGAGGCACCUGCUAUAAACUCCCCGCCAUGAACUCACUCUCGUGUGUGUGUAAGCACAUGUACACAGGGGGGCGCUGCGAGACGCUCAGCCUGUUCACCAGCGCUCAAAGCGGACACAACUCCGGGCUCAUCGCAGCUGUCGUCAUCAUCGCCAUCCUCAUCGCCGUGGCGGUGGCGGUCCUUAUCUAUUACAUCAUCAAGAGUAAGAAGAGCCAACGGAGCAAAAGUGGGGGCGUCAGAUCGAACAAAUGCAGCAGAGCAGCAGUGACCGGCGGCGGUGCUGGACAGUCACGAGAGCGUGACGACGGGUCAGAUGUUGGACUCUGCACUGUGUGGACGAGACACACACAAUUUAACGUCUGACCUGUGCCGGACGCUCCGGGGCUCCGGUGUCACACGAGGAACAUUUCAAUGUUUCACCUGGAAUGUUUUUUUAUAAACAUCAUGAAUUUAUUUCUAUAACCACAAAUCUGCAUUUG